AUGAGCGCCAAGAAGGCUCUCCGCGCCGCAAGGGAGCACCUUGCCGCGAAAAACUACCAGGAGGCUGUCGCAGAGUGCAAGGAGGCACUGGCGCAGGAUGCCAAGUGCUUCGAGGCUUACCUCUACAUCGGCAAGGCUACGUUCAUGCUCGGGCAGCACGAUCAG